AUGGAUGGUGGUCGAGUCAAGAUCAUUCAGACUAAGGCAGUGAAACUCGGUUCGCAGUCUCCUGACGGAAGUCAGAUACCUGUAGCGACGCUAAAUAUGGUGGUAGUCAACGGACAGGUACCUUCUUUUGGCAGAGCUCCAGCAGAGUCUGCUUUCGUGAAUGCCUUUGAAAUCGACACCGGCAACGAUUUUACACUCGAGAUGGCUACUGACAAUAACUUCUUCAUUGGUGUCGCCGGAUCCCCCGGUGGUGCUAGCAGCGCCCCAAUUGCCACCUUCAGGCCCGAGCCUGGUAACCAGUACCAGAUUCAGCCAUCUAACGUCUUCUUCAUCUCUGUCGGCCAGCCUAUGCAAGUCGGUCAGUUGGUGGACGUAGCUCGGAUGAGAAAUACGCUGCGCAUUGACUUCGCCAACAGUGGUCCUAACGUCACCGUCAACCAUACUCCCAACGGGCGGCUCGCUAUCGCUAGGUAG